AUCAGAAAUGGUUCGGAAAACGCUCGAAACUGGUUACUCGUUCCUAAAUGAAAAAUUUUAUAAAAAAAAGAAACUCGUACUUUCUUUUUUCUUGUACAAAUCGGAGCUAUUUUUGUUGUAAUGAAUAUAUUAUUAAGUGCGUUGUAAGAAGUGUUAUUGUUAUCUAAUUAUAUAAUUAAAUUGCAAUAAUAUAAUAUAAGAAAACUAUAUAUAUAUAAGAUUUAAUUUUACUCUUAAAAUGGAAGAAAAAUAUAUUUUAUCAUUAGACAUAGGGACUACAACAAUACGUGCUGUUAUUUAUAAUACUCGUACUGAGACAGUAGCCAAGGAAGUAGACAAUGUAAUACUGCAUUAUCCGCACCCUGGCUAUGUGGAAAUUGACCCAGAUGAAUUAUGGAGAUCUGUUGUGGAUGUUGUAAAGAAAGCAUUAAAUAGUGCAAGUUUAAGUGCGGGUCAAAUUACUGCUAUGGGCAUAUCAACACAGCGCAGUACUUUUAUCACAUGGUCAAAAGAGACUGGUAAACCUUUUCAAAGAUUUGUGACAUGGAAGGACUUGAGAGCGGACAAAUUGGUCAAACAGUGGAAUGAUUCUUACAUUUGGAAGUUUAUAAAGUUUGGUGCAUAUAUGCUUUUUAUUGUAUCAAGGAGUAAAAGAUUUAAAGCUGGAAGUGUUUUUAAGUUUUCUAAUAAUCAGACAACAUUAAGAUUAUAUUGGGCAUUACAUAAUAUACUUGAACUCAAGACUGCAGUGGAGAGAAAUGACGCUAUGUUUGGGACUUUAGACACUUGGCUGUUGUAUAAAAUGACAGAUAGCAAGUUGCAUAUGAGUGAUGUGUCAUCAGCGUCCGCCACUGGUUUUUUCGAUCCGUUCACAAUGCAAUGGGCGGGGUGGGCCAUGUCCAUAUUUGGUAUACGAAUGUCCAUGUUGCCGACAGUCGUUGAUACAGCGGGCGAACAUUUUACAUGCACUGCGAAGGAGAUUUGGGGACAUCCUAUACCGAUAAGGUGUUGUAUAGCUGAUCAAACAGCUUCAAUGUGGGGCUCUUGCUGUUUCGAUGUAGGUGACGUGAAACUCACUAUGGGAACUGGAACGUUUUUUAAUAUAAACACGGGGGAUUCCCCGCACGCUAGUGUAUCGGGGUUAUACCCAGUGGUGGGGUGGAGACUGGGCUCUGAAUUAGUGUUCUCGGCAGAGGGCGCUAACAAUGAUACAGCUAGUAUUAUUAAAUGGGCGCAGAAUUUAGGUUUGUUUGACAGGCCGGAAGAUACGUCUGAAAUAGCUUUAUCUGUUCCUGAUUCGGAUGGAGUUUUCUUUAUACCCGCUUUCAGUGGGCUUGGUCCGCCAUACAACGAUUGCACUGCGGCAUCUGGCUUCGUAGGCAUGAAGCCGACUACAUCUAAAGCGCAUUUAGUGAGGGCUGUGCUCGAAGCGAUUGCGUUUCGUACCGCACAGUUAUACGACUGUGUGAGAAGGGAGACGAACUAUACUUUCACUACUAUAAGGUUGGACGGAGGUGUGUCGAACAAUGAUUUCGUAGUGCAGCUGGUGGCAGAUCUAACAGGACUGCGAGUAGAGAGACCGGUACAGGUGGAAAUGUCUUCCCUUGGCUGUGCGCAUAUAGUGGGCUUGCAAUUAGGUAUAUUCAAGUCGAAAAAGGAACUGGCAUCCCUCCGCAAAAUUGGCAACGUGUUCCUUCCGAGGCCGCAAGUCAGGAAGUCUUAUGAGAACGUAAUAUCGCGUUGGGAAGACGCCGUGAAACGAAUGUGCGGGUGGUAUGUGGACAACAAGUCUGUAUCCCAGAACAGCGUAUCGGAUUCCAGCAGCAACUCUAUAACCCCCCAAAAUAGUUUCAAGGUGUCCCCGAAGAAAAACGGAAAAUCUAAAUAGCGGUGGAUUUUCCUUCUGCCGCUGUGUAUCGCGUGCAUUUCAAUACUGAGAUGAUAUACGGCCCCCCUCUUUAGGUGUAAGACUAAUUGUUAUAGUGUAUGGAAGAAUUUUAAAACUGUUGGUAAAUUGUUAUUGAUUUUAUAUUGUAUUUAAGAUUUAGGUUAAGGUUAAGGAGUACUAUCAUUAAUUGAGAUUGUUUUUUCAUUCCUUUGUUGGUAAUCUCAUAUUGAAGUAUAUUUUUUAUUUCAGUAUCAGAUUUAUAUUGAUAAAAAUUGGAUUUGUAUGUAAAUUAUGAAUAGGUACUAUUUGACUAUCCUCCCUGUGAUUAUUUUCUUGCCAAAAGUAUAGAUUGUGUUCAUUUGGUUUUAAUUGUAAACUUAUAAAAAAUAUCGAGUAAAAUGUGACAUUAUGGCGAUAAAUUCUAUUUUGAAAAUAGUUUUUUGAUUUAUAAAAUAAUUUUAAUGAUUGAGUUUUAAAUGAUGAACCUAUUGCGAAAUAUUCUCGUAGUGUAUGAAGUAAGUAUUGCUACAAAAUAAUAUCAGCCUUCAAAGAAAUAACGCCUUACCAUGUAAAUAAUAGUGGGUAUUUGUUUUUAGUUGCAAUAUAAAUAUACUAGCUGCGCCCCGCGGUUUCACCCGCGUAAGUCCGUAUCCCGUAGGAAUAUCGGUAUAAGAAGUGCCUAUGU